AUGGAUUCCGCGGUGGUCGGGGUCGCCGGCGACGAGGAUUUCCCGCGGUGGCUCGCCGAAGUUAAGAACUCGAUGAACUGCGCGGUGGCCGAAUCAGAUGCUGUUCAAGCUAGAGCAGAGGCUGACAAAGCCAAGACUGAUGCUGCUGGUGUCGAAGAUCUUAGGAAGAGACUUCAUGAUGCCGAGACUUCGCUGAGUGAGCAUAUAGCUGCACAAUCUGCUCGCGAGGAAGCGGUCCUUAAGCGCAUAAGGACGCAAAAUCGUCGCUUUGUCAAUAGAACAUGUCAAGAAUUUGAACUUGAAGACCCCGACAAUGAUCCUCUUCUUGACGCCGUUUCGUUCCUUGAAUUUCAUGGAACAGAAGCACGCGAGGGCAUUGAUCAAGCUAAAGCAGGGUUGUCGCGACUCUUCCCCUACUUCUUCCCGAAGAAAGAGGAACCCGCAACUUUCCUUGCUCUGGCUAAGUGCUUUAAUCCACCAGAAGAUCUUGGGCUGAAGAUGCGCCAGGAAAAUAUGAAGGUCGCUGUUGAAAACACUGUUGCCUUGGUUGCUGAUAGUCAGCAAACUAUCGACUGGGCGAAAGUAGGCGACACGGAGCAGAUAGAACAGCCAAAAUGGCGAUCGCUGAUCAAGGCGGCAAAGCCCAAUACGAAGAAAAUCUUGUCCUAUCUCGGGAUCAAGCCAUCUUCGACUCCUAGCUCAUCAAAGCCGGAGGUCUAGUUGAA